AUGGUAAUGCUGAAUUCCCCGAAUGACGCGUUCGACGAAUGGGGAGUCGGUGGCCGUGAAGGGCAGGCAAAGAUCCGUGUGCAGGGAUUUGACAUGCGCGAGAUACUUCUUGAUAUCCACGGCAAGAUUGCAUCUUUGGAUGCUGGCAGUAUUGGCGGACAUCCCGAUUUGCUGCUAACGUCCAUCCCAAGUGACCGUAACCGCGAGGUCGAACGUUCAGUCAAUUCCGCAGAUACUGCUGCGUGCACCCUCUCCAUGUCCUCCGACAAUUCGGCUUCUUCGUCUCUUCAUUGCAAUUGGUGGCGUAAUAGAAACAUCGAUGCGAGCCUGGCGGAAUCGGUUAUGUCGGCGGCUGAUAUCAUCUGCUGGGGUUCGGAGCCGGAGAUGAAGGGGUUUUCGUCUGCGACCUAG